AUGCCCCGAUGCAGAGAGCGCCUGAUGCGGCGUUACAAUGGUGACAAUGGAGGCAGUGGCAGCAGCAGCACCAGCAGCAGCACAGGGAGUUCCCUGGUAGCUGGUCAGCACACAGCCUUCCAGGACAGUGCCUUCAGGACUAUGAGGAGGAAGACGAGGCAAGCAAAAGGCCUGUCAUCAGCCUGUCCCCUGCAUGCUGCUUCCAAUCCUCACACCACUUACAAGGAAUCGGUGGUCAGGGAGGCCUCUGUCAUGGGACCCUGGACCACCUGGGCAUCCCACCUUUGGCAACUGCUUCUGCUGCAAGCUGAGUGGAGUAACUCUAGGACAGUGUGUGGAGAUGAGCUUCUUAUGGAAGGAUCCCCAAGCACAGUGAGAGAGCCUUGGGAGGAUCCAAGAGCAGAAGAGCAAGAAGCAGCUGCAGAGUUAUCAGGCUGGGACCAGGCUAACUCUGGGCCAGGAUGGGCUUGGAGGACAAAGUCUUUGAAGCCCUCUGCUGGGACUUUUACAGGGUGGCUCUUUGGCCUGUUGUCCUGGUGGCUCAGCACCAGCUGCUAUUACCUGACCACAGCUGCCUCCCUGAUGAACAUCAUUGUCUUCAGCAGGUGCUUUCCAACUGCGAAGAAGCUGCUCCUGUGUCUUCUAUUGCCAUUGCUUCUGGUUUCACUGACUUUUGGUGCUUGGUAUUUCUACCCCUAUGGACUGCAGACUUUCCACCCUGCUAUGCUCUCCUGGUGGGCAGCAAAGGGAAGCAGCAAGAGUGAGGAGUUACAGGAAUCAGGAAAAUCUACCCCAUAUUUCCAGGCUGAACAACAUGUCCUGUCAAGGGUUCAUUGUUCAGGAGGACGACUGGAGACUCUGACAUCAGAUUCCUCUGCUCAUUGGCAGAAGGAGGCUGCUAGGCUGGAACACCUGCAGCUACAGCCAGGGGCCAUUGAGAAUGGAGAUGGGAAAUGCCUGAGCCAGGAAGACAUUUUGAGUGUCCUGGAGGGCCUGGUGAGCCGAUGGGAAGCCACUUUGAAGGAAGACUUCCGCAGGGACAGUACUGCUUACAUCCAGGAAGCGAUGGCCAAGCUCAGGGCUAAAAAUCCUCAAGAUUUGAAUAACAUCUUAAAGAAGAUUACUUGGAUAUGCCAGGAGCUACAAAGAUGGAUGCUCCAGCUCAAAUUGGAGUGGCAGAGUUUGGCACAAGAAGCUGUCCAGGAAAACAUUGUAAAGGAGAUGGGUCCACUGCAGGACCAGCUGGCUGGCAUGAGGCAGGAGCUGGUGGCCUUGAGCCAGAGACAAACUGCAGUGGCAGAACAAAUAGACCUUUGGCAAGAGAAGAUGGCAGCCCUGAGAAGUGACGUGGAGUCUCAUUUCCCAGCCUGGAUCAAUCAGUUUCUUGUUGGAGAGAAGAGCACUCAGUCAGGGUUCCUUCAGCUAGAGGAGGUGCAGGCCCAGCUUCAGGACCUGGAGCAGAGAAUCCUUACUCAAGUGGCAGAGGGGCAGGUCAAGUUUGCCAGUGAAGCUGCUGCCAGCCUGAGGCUGAGCCUUCUCAAGGAAGGAUUGAGAGGCAUGACAGAGGAGGAAGUGCACCAGAUGGUGAAACAGGCUCUAAAGCUGUAUAGUGAAGACCACAUUGGGCUGGUGGAUUAUGCCCUGGAAUCCUCAGGUGCCAGCAUCAUCAGCAGCCACUGCUCAGCCACCUAUGACACCAGGAUAGCUGUUCUAAGUCUCUUUGGUAUCCCCUUGUGGUAUUAUUCCCACUCCCCAAGAGCCAUCCUCCAGCCAGACGUCUACCCUGGCAACUGCUGGGCAUUCCGGGGCCCGCAGGGCUUUGUCGGUAUUCGAUUGUCUGCCAGCAUCCACCUCACUGCUGUCACCUUGGAGCACGUGCCCAAAGCCCUGUCCCCCAUCAGCAACAUCCCCAGUGCCCCCAAAGACUUUGUUAUUUUGGGACUAAAUGAAAAUUCGCAGUCGGAGGGUGUGGCGCUUGGCCACUUCACCUAUGAUAACACUGGGGAGUCCAUUCAGACCUUCCACAUUCAGGAUAAUGACACAACACCAUAUCGCCUGGUCGAACUUCGAAUCCUGAGCAACUGGGAUCACCCUGAAUAUACUUGUGUUUACCGCUUCAGGGUGCAUGGGCAGCCGGCCAACUAGCCCUUCCCCCUGGGGCCCUUCACCCCUUCCCCCUGGUUGUGGGUAUGGUGGGCAGGGGACUGUCCAGGAUCUUGACCACAGGGCCUUUCUCUGGCCCUGUCUAGGGUUUGCAUUGAGCUGAUGCUACUCUCUCUUCCUGGGAUGGAACUGCCCAGUCCCAGGUGCCUCUAUAGGGAAACAGUGCAUCAGAGGCUCAUCAGGCUUUUUAAUGGGCUCUGACUCUAUUUUUUGGGGUUUGCUUAGUACAUGGGCAGCUGUUAUGUUUAUUUAGAUAGGGUUGUGGUGGGGGUAACUUGUUAGAGUUGAGGCUGGGAUGGGAGGGGAAGGGCAAAUUCUUCAGCCCUGAAGGCUGAUUUCAUUAUGCAUAUAGAUCCAUUUUUAUCUUUCUACACAGACAUAUUUCAUGGUUUUUUAAUUAUCAGAUAGUAACCUUAAGGGCUUCAUUUCUGGCUGCCUCCCCUGGGGCCCAGGGUGUUAUCUACUCUAUCCCCUAACGGGAGGUGGGCAGGCUGUCGAGCACUUAUCCUCACAGUGGCAUUAGUGUCCUUUCUGCCUCUUACCAUCAGGAGGGGAGGCAGGGCUGGUUACUGGUCCCCGAACACAGUAGCAGUGCCCACUCUUCUGGAGGUUUCAGGGACCAGCAGCAGUCAGUGCAGGCCUGACCCUAGCUGCCCCUCAGCAGCCUGCUCCCUCUGCCCCUUUUGCUCCUUCCCCAAGAAGCUGGCAUCUGAGCAGCCAUACAUGGGAACCUACAGAUGGGAGCUUAACUCUUCCCCGUCACAAAAGCUACCAUUAUAUUCUUUAGUUUUACUUUGUUAUCGACAGAUUCCAAUUUAUGCUAAUGCAAAAAUAAAUGUUCUCUUGG